AUGAUUCCCCUGCCAGCAGAACUCUCUGCCAUUAAAGAUGCCCUUAACCUCACUGACACUGACUUCACUCAUUUUCAUGCACAAGAGCACAAAUAUCUUAAUGAGUUGAAACAGACACCGGCAAAGGAUCAUCUCAGUAUCCACUACAUUGGUGUACUUGAUGAACUUACUGAGUGCCAGUGA